AUGAGACCCAAGAUUCAGGCCGGAUCCUCCACCUCCGCAGACUACUACGCCGAUGAUACUGCCAUCCUGGUGAGGCACACUUCGACCGAUCAUGUCACGAGGUUGCUCCAAGAGGCCCUUGAUCAAAUUGAGGAUUGGUUCCGGCUCUGGCGUAUUGACGUCAAUCCGACCAAGAGCGUUGCGGUGCUGUUCACUCGAAAGCGCUCCACUCCAUCUGGUGCGCUAACAGUCUUUGGUGAAGAUAUCCAGUGGAAGCCUUCAGCUAAGUACAUGGGGGUUACUUUGGAUAAAGAUUUGCGCUUCAAGCAGCAUAUCGAGACGGCCAGGAACAAAGCCUGUGCAACCAUCAAGCUGCUUUAUCCCCUGAUGAACAGGAGGAGCCGUCUAAACAUUCCUAGCAAGUUGGCCAUAUACAAAUCGAUCAUAAGAUCCGGCAUGACUUAUGCGUCUCCUGCAUGGGGUCAUGCUGCACGCACUCACUUGUACAAGCUGCAAGUGAUUCAGAAUAAGACAUUGAGAACUAUUUACAAUGCUCCCUGGUUCAUCAGGAACGUGCAGCUGCACCGGGAGGCUAACAUUCCUUUCCUCUCGGAAUUCAUGAAGAAGUCAACUAAGAAGGCUUUUGCCAGAGCUGAGAUUCAUCCAAAUCCUCUUCUGCGAGCGGCCGUCGACUACGAUCCGGGUGAUCAUCACACCCACAAAAGGCCGAGAAUGGCUGCUACCUGA